GUCCUCCGGCGGCGGCGGCUGCGGGGAGGGGAGGGGAGCGGGAGGCGGGGGCGCUUCCCGCUCCGUCCCUGAAAACCUCUCUGACAAGUGGCAAAGCGCUCGCAGAGGACGCUGCUCCUUGCGAAGGGCAGCUGGGAGCCGCGGGGUCUCGCCUCACCCCCCAGCCCCGCUGCCGGCUUGUGGCCCGCCGCCCCCGCCCCCUGCCGCCGCCCCCGCCGCCGGGCGGGUCGCGACCCGCUGCCGAGCGGUGGGAGCGGAGCGGAGCGCCGCCGCUUCGCCUUCGAAGUGUCUGAGCCGGCAGUAGGCUCUGCUUCCGCUUACCGCGUUUUUUUUUUCCUUCUUUCAAAUCGUUAUUUUGUCAUUUUGUUAUUUUUUUUCCUCUUGCUUCGUUGCUGUUGUUUUUAUUAUCGUUGUUUGUAAACUAAUUGCCUCCAUGGGGGGCGGAGGAAAGGAAAUCAAAGCUGCCGCAGCUGAAGGGUGUGCGAGCACGCUGGUGAAGAGCCGAGGAGCCGCAGGACAGGAUGGCAGCGGGAAGCCCGGCCUCGGGAAGCCCGGCUGCGGCGGGGACCGCUGCCCGCGGCGGGCCGGGCCGGUCGGCUCCGCGCUGGCCGCGCUCCUCUCGGCGCUUGCCGCGGCUUCCUGCGUUUACCUGGGGGUGCGGACCAGCGACCUCCAGGCUAGGGUCGCGGCCAUCGAAAGCGCCCGAGGAGGCUUCGCCGCCGCCCCGCUCUCGCCGCUGCCCGGCUUUUCCUUGGAGCAGCUGAACGCGAUGAUGCAGGAGAAAGUGGAGCGACUUCUCGCCCAGAAAUCCUACGAGCAUUUCGCAAAAAUACGAGUAGCGAGAGAACUGCCUCCAGAGUGCAACUGCCCACCAGGUCCUCCAGGGAAAAGAGGUAAGCGGGGAAGAAGAGGAGAGACUGGACCUCCUGGUCAGCCUGGUCCUCAAGGCCCUCCUGGUCCAAAAGGCGAGAAGGGAGAUCAAGGUGAUCAGGGCCCUCGGGGUCUGCCAGGCUUCCCCACAGUUGCUGCUCUGCACAGUAAUCAGAUCCUCACCGUCAAGGGGGACCAAGGACAAGCUGGACCCCCUGGGCCUCCAGGACCACCAGGACCCAGAGGUCCCCCAGGAGAUACUGGCAAAGAUGGUCCUCGUGGGAUGCCUGGCUUAACGGGUGAGCCAGGAAAACCAGGAGAACAAGGAUUGACAGGACCUCAGGGGCCUCCAGGACAAAAGGGUUCUGUCGGAGUGCCUGGUGUUCCAGGGAGAGAUGGACAAGUGGGUGAACCUGGUUUGCCUGGAAUAGCAGGAGAGAAGGGAGAAGCAGGGCUCAAGGGUGACCCUGGAGAAAGAGGAGAAAAGGGGGAUGCUGGCGAGAAUGGACUGAAGGGGGACACAGGAGAAAAGGGUGACCCUGGCUCUUCUGCAGCUGGAAUUAAGGGUGAACCUGGUGAAUCUGGACGGCCUGGACAAAAGGGUGAACCAGGCCUUCCUGGGCUUCCUGGACUCCCUGGAAUAAAGGGUGAACCAGGUUUCAUUGGUCCACAAGGAGAACCUGGGUUGCCAGGGCUACCAGGAACAAAGGGUGACAGAGGAGAGGCAGGUCCCGUUGGGAAGGGUGAGCGAGGUGAACCUGGAAUCCCUGGACCAAAGGGGAAAACAGGUGAACCUGGACCUAGAGGCCCCAAAGGGUCAAAGGGUGACACAGGUGAGAGAGGUGACACAGGGUCUGCAGGUCCACGGGGACCACCUGGACAGAAGGGUGAUCAAGGUGCAACAGAGAUAAUUGAUUAUAAUGGCAAUAUCCAUGAAGCACUGCAGAGAAUUGCCACCCUGACUGUCACGGGACCACCAGGACCACCAGGACCCCAAGGGCUGCAAGGGUCAAAGGGUGAACCAGGAUCCCCAGGAACUCCAGGAGUUGAUGGAGAGCAGGGUCCUAAGGGCUCAAAAGGAGACACAGGUGAUCCUGGAAUGCCUGGAGAAAAAGGGGGAAUUGGACUGCCUGGCCUACCAGGAGCCAAUGGCAUGAAAGGCGAAAAAGGAGAUGUUGGUUUGCCUGGUGCCCAAGGUCCUUCAAUGAUAGGACCACCUGGACCACCAGGGCCACAUGGUCCUCCAGGCCCCAUGGGACCUCAUGGACUGCCUGGCCCAAAGGGUGAACCAGGGUUAAAUGGUCUUAAAGGAUUGAAGGGUGAACCAGGUCAAAAGGGUGACAGAGGGCCCCUUGGUCUUCCAGGAGCAUCUGGCUUAGACGGAAAGCCAGGAGCCCGGGGUCUAGAUGGCCCAGUUGGUCCCCAUGGCCCUGCAGGUCCCAAAGGAGAGAGAGGUGAGAAGGGAACUGUAGGUGACCCUGGACCCAGAGGACCAUACGGCUUGCCUGGUUUUCCUGGUCCUCGAGGAGAAAAGGGUGAUAUAGGAGAAAAGGGAGAAAAGGGAUUCCGUGGAAUUAAGGGGGAAAAAGGGGAGCCAGGCCAGCCUGGCCUGGAUGGGCUGGAUGCCCCUUGCCAAUUGGGUCCCGAUGGAUUACCAAUGCCUGGCUGUUGGCAAAAGGGAGUCACACCAUGGCUCAUUGCUAAAAAGAGAUAA